AUGGCCGCUACGCACGAUAACGACAGUAACGACAUCCUCCAAGCGGGGGCCAUAGACUCGCAUCCGCCCCCUUCCACUUCCCCGCCCGCAGCCACCCCCUCUUCCCCGCCUACCGCUCUACCACGUCCCGCAGUCUCGUCCAACUCGAAUGUCUUGUUCGUCCCCUCAGACGGCGCGGAAGGCUCCCUCUUCGAGCCGCUACCGCCUGAUAUUGCUAAUGCCGACAUUUCCAUCGCGCCGGACGGUAGCUUCGUGGAGACCUCCUCCGGCGCUGCUGCCAGGGAGCUCAAGCGGCGAUACGACCACUCUCUCGGCGUAGGCAAGGACAUUCGCUCCCCCUAUGUGAUCACCGCGUUCGUGAACCAGCAUGGCAAGCAGAUGUAUAGGCUCGGACACCGCAAGGCGACCGCCCCCGCUGCGUCCGGGCAAGACGCCGAAGACCGCACCGUGACCCAGCACGUCGCGUCAACAUCCUCCUCCCCUCCGUCCCACCCCAUCCUCAGUCCGGGCAGCACUAACGGCAACGUCCCGCCCCACAAACGCCGUUCACGUAUGUCGGUGCACACUUUCCUCCCCACAGGCGUAUUCAAGUCGGCUGGCGUCGGUCCCAUGGCCAUCCCUAGUACCGUAUUCGACGCGUCACGAUCGCCACCCACGAAACGCCUCCGCAAGACGCGCUCGAUCCCCAACGGAAUCUCCUCUGCAGAUGGCGCGUCUCCCCUUCCUAGCGCGCCACCUACUGGACGCCCACACGCGCACAGUGUGUCGAGCGCGGACGCGUUUGCGCCACCGAGCCCGCUGAACACGGAUUUCCCCCGACCGCGCGCACCAGUGAACGACUUUUUCGCGGACGCGAUGGCAUGGAGCCCGCAGCCAGGAUCGCCAUUCGCGUCGAGCUCGUCCUCCGCGCCCUUCAGGCACCAGCCUCCUUCCUCCGUAUCGCCCAGCACGCCAAGCAAGGCGCGCGAGGACAUGUCGUAUCCGUUUGGGCUUGGGGUUACAUUCGACCCUCCGUCGUGGCGCUCGGUAUCCCAUCUUGCGUCGCCUCCAGUCAUCCGUGAGAUGCAGUCGUUCGAGUCUGGACUCACUGCUCGGGCGGAUUACCUGCCCCGUGUCUCGCGUAUGUCCAAACUGUCCCUCACCGGAACCUCCAACUCCGACGAGGACCUGCGUCGGGACACGCCUCCCCCCUCCUCCCCUGUGCCUCCGAUCAAGAUCUCCGAGCCGUCGACUCCCACGGCUGUGAACCUUGCCGCGACAACGCUGCCUUCUCGAUACUCGACCGCGCUCUUUGACGUAUUGCAGACGUAUCGCGGUUUGCCGUCACUGGACAAGAUCGAAUCGUCAUUCAAUGAGACAACAGUGCGGUUAUCGCUUCGCGCUGACGAGGGUGCGACUCCGCGCGAUGAUCCACGGUUCGUCAUCUGGGGCGAGGUCGACACGGAGCGCGACGCGUACGACGAUACACCUUCCAGCGCGACAGAUCCGUCUUCGCACCCGAAUUCAGCCGCCCCACGCCGACGCAGGGAGCGACAUCACACCAUUGCGAACAUGUACACUAUGCAGCCUUUCGAACCGCUCCAGAUACCCGCGCCGCAACGCGUCCAACCGCCGAAGGAGAGUAAGCGGAUGCUUGUGGCCGCAACGAUCGAGCGGUGGAUCGCGCAGCUCACGAGCGACCUCAACUACGAUGAGUUGCUGAUUUUCUUCCUCACCUACCGAACAUACGUCUCUGCAGUCGAUCUCGGACAUCUUCUCAUCUGCCGGUUCCACUGGGCACUGGGCGAGAGCACCAACUGCCGGGACGACGCGGAAAAGGUUGAAAAGACUGCUAGGAUUGUGCGCGUGCGGACAUUUACGGCGAUACGGUACUGGCUGCUGACGUUCUUCGAUGUUGACUUUGUACCGAACCGGGAGCUUCGGCUGCUGUUCGCGGACUGGCUGAACUCGCUCAGACGGGAUCCAAUCCUGCAGAAGCACAGAGAUGCGCUGAAAAUCGUGCGGCAGCUGCGGAAGGUCAUCCUCGACUGCAAAGACGCACACAUCCGCAAACUCAACCGGGCGUCGCGCAAGUCGGUAGACAAGCGGCGUUCUGCCGAGCCUCACUUCUCGGCCUUUUCCGACCACAUCCCUCGCCCGUCAAUAGACUCUCAAGCGCGUUCGUUCAACGACCCAGAGGACUUUGACAUCGAUUUCGACUUCGACGGGGGCGUGACGACACGGAGCGAUUUCUCUCUCGCCUCCGUCGAUGGAAGCCCGACGAACGCGCUCGACCUCGUCAUGAUGCGGCAGCCCCUCCAUAUGGCCGUCCUUCAAUACGGCAAGCAGAAUCCGUCGCACGGGCCCGGAGCGGGCGCUGUCCCACCACAGGCCCACUCGAACGCCGCGCUGUCGCCCUUUCCGCACAACACCAUUUCCCGGGUGUUCGUCAAUACCAUCGGCCGUCUUGGGCGGUGGAAGCGUGUACUUAACUCGCGCCCGCCUAUUCAACCACCACUAACCGUCGGUGUAGACGUGUCUGCGUUCGACGUAGAGGCGAACGAGACGGGCGACUUGCUGAUGGUCAAGGGCGGUGUCGAACAGUACUUGCGGAUGGUCGAGAGCCAGCUGAACUAUGAGUACGAGAUGGGCGCACAGCGGCCGUCGAUGAUGUCAACGAUGUCGACCGCGGUCUCGAUGUCGUCCCCACCUCCCAAACCGUCCCUCUCCCUCCCACAAUCCCCGCGGUCUCCGGAGCGUGUUCUCAGACAGCCUGUUGCUGCCGUCCCAGAGACGGCCGCUCCUGGGCCUCGGGAUGACGUUCCUCCGGCUAACAACUCAGAAGACGCACCAGCAGAGAGCUACUUCCCCUCUCCUCCGGACUACGAAGAGAGCGUUGCCGAAGCCCAACCCCGCCCAUCCACCUCUUCUUACAAUUCAGAGGACACUGCAUCGCUUCAGAGCACCACAACCCGCGAGCCCAUGUUGCCGAAGACACAUGAGCUUGACGUCGUCUCGAUUGACGACCUGGACCUCUCCGACCUCUCCUCUGACGAGCACCUGGAGGUGGUUGCCCCGCCCGGCCUUGGGUUGAAGAAGGCGACGCGACGGCUACCCACACGACGCGACUUCGAGUUUGUGCGGCAGUCGAUGGACAGCGUGUCUUCGAUGGGGAUCCGCACGCGCGAGUCCAUGUUCUCGCAGGACACUUCUUCGAUCAUAUCCUCGUCAUCCGAGGUCGUCUCGAACGGUGGCGGUGAAGACGGGGGAGGCCCUAUCCAGGCAUGGCACAUCAACGCGAUCAUCGACUCGCUCAGCGACGACGACGAGACUGGAGAUGUCGAGGCAGCGCUACGGCGCCUCGAAGGUCAGAUCAACCAGGACCAGCAGCGCGCGAAGCAGAGCAAGGUCGACCAGUGGAUCCAGUCCAUACAGCAACGCCGUGGCGGCGCGCUGUUUUCGUCCCGCGAGUCUGUGGGCGAGGAGGACGCGGACGCGGACGCGUCGGGCUCGGAUGAGGAUUACGGCCAGGUCGAACGCAGGAGGUUCUCGGGUGAAUCUGCUAUCAAUAUCUCUGCAGGCUUGUCGGCGGCUUCCCCUCAGCUCAGCUCGCGCAGCUCGUUCGCAUCCAUCUCGCAGCCUGCGUCUACUGACGCUAGUACGAGUGCGAGUGCGAGUGCGAGUGCGAGUGCAAGCGCCUCGGCCUCGGCCUCAGCUUCAGCUUCGGCAUCAGCGUCUACAGAUCCAUCAGUACCCCCUGCUGUAUCGGAGAGGCUCGGCCCACUAGCACUCGACAUGUUGCAGACUCCUCCUGCACACAGCGACGGGUUCUGUGAUAACGGUGCAUUGACUCCCGUCAGUGACGCUAAACCGCACGUUGAGGACGCCGUACCCCUCGAGAUCCUACAAAGUCGCGUCCCUUCCCGCCCGUCGACUUCUGGCGGCCCUUCAUCCAAGGACGCGCUCACACCCCAACCAUCUGCGGGCCUCCCCCCUCCCCCGAGCAUGCCAACAAUGCUUCGACGGCAUCAUUCAUUCGUUUUGAACUACCGUUCAGAAACGUUGAUACAACAUCUGUCGAUGAUCGACCGCGAGCUCUUCCUGAACAUUAGCUUCCAGGAGCUGAUCACAUCACACGCGAUAGGAUCUGCGGAAGAUGCGAACGUGCUGGACUGGGCACAGUUCUUGCGCGACCGCGCGAGGCUGACGGCGGAGGGUCGGGGCGGCUCGAAGACAAGCGCGUUGACCGCGGUGCGGGGACGGUUCAACCUCCUCGCGAACUUCGUCACAUCUGAGAUCGUGCUCACACAUCCGAGUGAGCGGGCGAUGGUCAUCAACAAGUUCAUCCGGCUCGCCUGGAAAGCGUACUGUCUGAAGAACUUCAACGCGCUCGUCGCGAUCAUCGCAGGUCUGCACAGCGAGUGGGUCGCAAAGGCCAAGCAGCAGGCGUUCAACAAGGUCGGCGCAUGGGAGAGCCGCAUGCUGCGCGACCUCACGGACUGGACGUCCCCCGUGGGCGACUUCAAGCACAUACGCCAGACGGUGGACUCGCUCGCGGAAGCAAAGUCGAUGCCGCCAGGCGCGCAGGACGCGACAGCGAAGAGCCCGGAUGGACAAACGAAUGGGUCGCGCAGUCGCGCCGCGUCUGACAGCAAACCGCCGACGCCCCCAGCGUGUAUACCCUUUAUCGGAGUGUAUUUGGCGCAAGUACAUCAUCACAGCAGUCUACCCGAUCUGAUCGACCCGACCGCGCCGCUCGUGGAGGUUAAGAUCGACCCGCUCACGAACUCGUUCGAGACGCCCGCGCACCCCGAGGUGUUCUCGACGCUCGCGCCGCUGCCGCCGUCGAUGCAGCUCGAGCCGCUGAUCAACGUGCACAAGCAGCGGUUGAUCAGCGGCGUGGUGAAGUCGCUCGUCGCGGGGCAGCACCUGGCGUCGAAGGUGCAGUACCCGCUCGACAAGAAGGUCUUCCAGAAGAUGCUGAAGCUGCGCGGGCUGGACGCGGACACGCUGGAACGUGCGCUGACGCUGUACGCUGAGAAGAAGUAGAGGGGACGUCGCGCACGGGCGGAUGUAGGUGUGCUAUACUGGAGCUGUAGAACUAUCUCUCGACUGAGCUGUCUGUUGUGUUUCUGCGAUUAAGGCUUCGUUCUCUGCUCUCUUCUUUUCGGGCACGUGGGGCAUGUAUGUGCUUUUGAGCGUUCGGAUAUCUCAUGCGCCUCGUUCUGCGACUGGUUACACCAGAUACCUCCGUCGUGCAUGAAGCGAGGUCUUCC